AUGACGCCACCCACGAGGAGCCCUUCGCCGCCCACACGAUCAUUCACGCCUCCUUCAGGUACCGCCGCCACCACCACCUCAGCCUCAACCCACCCAACACACCCGGCGGCUACGUCAGCAGCACGACGGUCUUCGCCACCCUCACCAGAGCUCGUCAGCAGACCCCUUCCUCCUCGUAACGCCCUCGGCUUGGUCGAGCGCGGCGGCAGCAGCAGCACCGCAACCAACAACAAGCGAAGCAAGACCGCCAUCGUGCGCAUGGGCAGGUCCAUGGGCAGGGGCCUGCGGCAGUGCUCCGGCUUCUUCAAGCCAAGGCCGGACGACCCGGAUGACGUCGACGAGGUGCCGAAGCCGGUGCAUUGGUCGGAGAACUGA